AUUUUUCAGGCGCAGGGGUCCCUGGCAGGCGGCCUUGUGAGUCAGCAGGAGGAAAGCGCACACACUCGCUCUCUCUCGCCUUCUCCCUCUCUCAGCUCAGUGCUGUCAAGCUUUCAGAGGCAACCAUCCGAGCUCGUUUAAACUGCUGACUUUCACUUCUACUGGGGACCGUUUUCCUCAACCUUUUUGGCUGUUACUGACUUUGAAUUUUGUUUAAGGGAACCUGAGUCAGGGGCUUUUUUUUUUUGCUCUGUAUCUGCUUCAGUCCCUUUGUUAUUGGCGACGAUGAGGCUGGUGGCAUCCUUGCACCUCUGGAAGACCACCACUGUGUUGGCAUUGAUGGUGAACCUGGUGCCCCUGAGCCUGGCAGGGGAGUAUGAAGAGUACGACUGGAAGCCUGAUCCGUUCGGUGGCGGGCGAGUUUACGACAAGCCUCCGCAGUGUGUGUCCAUCCCAGACGACCUGCGCCUGUGCCACGGUGUCGGCUACACUCAGAUGCUCCUGCCCAAUCUGCUCGACCAUGAGACCAUGGCCGAGGUGAGGCAGCAGGCUGGCAGCUGGGUGCCGUUGGUGCACAAGGCCUGCCAUCCAGGCACACGCAUCUUCCUGUGCUCACUGUUUGCACCUGUCUGCAUGGACCAACGCAUCUACCCGUGUCGCUGGCUUUGCGAGAGUGUGCGCCAGGGCUGCGAACCCGUCAUGGAGGCAUUUGGGUUCCCAUGGCCUGAAAUGCUCGCCUGCGACAAGUUCCCUCAGAGCGAUGUGUGCAUCAACACGCCCAACAACACUGAUGCAUCCAUGGAUGGUGGUAGCUCACCGGUCUGCCCACCGUGCGACAACGAAAUGAAAACCGAUGCAAUUUUGGAGCACAUGUGUGCCAGCGAGUUUGCCAUCAAGACCAAAAUCAAGGAGGUGAAACGGGAGAAUGCAGACCGCAAGGUGAUCUUGCAGAAAAAGAGGAAGGCUGUCAAACUGGGAACCCUAAAAAAGAAAGACCUGAAGACCCUCACCAUGUAUCUGAAGAAUGGCGCUGACUGUCCCUGCUCGCAGCUGGACAAUCUGAACAGCGCCUACCUCAUCAUGGGCCGCAAGACAGAUAGGCAGUACCUCAUCACCGGCAUCCACAAAUGGGACAAAUCCAACAAGGAGUUCAAAAAGACCUUGAAGAAAUUGCAAAGCCACAAGUGCCCUACUUACGAAAAAGUCUUCAAAUAAUCCAACAGUCGAGACAACAUCUCUGUCCUACUUUUGAAUGAACUUGCACAUGUGAGCAACCCAAAAAAAAAGCUCCCUUAUGUUUAUAUACAGCCUAUAUUAUAUAUUUCUAUGUAUUUUGACCAACACUUGUAGGUUUUAUUGUUUGUGCUGUUAGUGAUUUUUAAGAAUGGUACACUAUCCAGCAAAGUACGAAUCAUUACUAAUGUAUAUAGCCAUCUCAUUCUGAAUGUGUUGGAAAACUACCAGACUUCCUCUCGAAUGUAUCAUUAUUUCUUCUGGUUUUUUUUUUUUUCUUUUUUGUUUUCCUCUGUAAACAUCUAGCUUAUUAGGACCAUUCUUCUUUUUUGGCUCAUUUGGAAAGGUACUUAUAUUUUAAACUGUGAACCCUGCACACAAAAUUUUGAGCCUUGAAUGUUAUCAGAUAUGUUGAACGUUACGUUAUGUCUCACAUUUUUCAGCAAAAUUACUUUGCUUUUAGUGUUUUUUUAAAUAUUUUUUUUAAUCAUACACCCAUUAUUGUAUACUUUGUGAUGUAAUCCACACUAAACAUCAACAUAACCUGUAACUCAGUAAUCAAUCCAAAGGUAAUCAAGCUGCUUUUGUAUUCAUUAUGCUGUGAUUGGUAAGUAACAUAUGGCCUGGGUCACACUUUUAUACAAAAGAGACCACACACACUUAACCAAGGACGAAGACAACAGGUAUACUUAAUUAUCUAAAUUAAUUCUUUGAUGCUGGUGUUCUUUGUUUUGCUUUUGUUUUGAGGUUAAGUUUUGUAACUCAUACAGUUCCUACACUAUAUUACAAACUACAUAUUGCAUAGUGGUUUAAAAUGCACAGUAUUCAUAUCAAAUACCUUUUUUUGUUAAUUCAGUCUAGCACUAUUACUAUGAGUUCAUUCGUGUCUUUUGUAAAAUGUUUCCAAUCAUUUUGUACAUAAAAUUCUAACACGAAUGUAGAAUUAAACUUUAACACAAACACAGUCUGAUCAUCUUUGCACCUUAUUACUUGCUAACAAAUAAAUGUUACCUUAAUGGA